CGGAGAAACCCUUUUCAAAUCAAUCAAGGCCUCUUCCAAUCACCUCCCUUUAUCAUAAACCCACAGAAGGGUUCUGGAACUCACACUUCUUUCGUUCUCGUUCCCCUGUGUUGUCUGAAAUCAAGUUCAAGAGCUAAUCGCGCGUUAAUCUAUGGCUUUGCCAAAUCAGGCUACUGUUGAUUAUCCUAGUUUCAAGCUGGUUAUUGUUGGCGAUGGAGGAACAGGGAAAACAACUUUCGUUAAAAGGCAUCUCACUGGCGAGUUUGAGAAGAAAUAUGAGCCAACGAUCGGUGUUGAAGUUCAUCCGUUGGAUUUCUUCACGAACUGCGGUAAAAUCCGUUUCUAUUGCUGGGACACAGCUGGGCAAGAGAAGUUUGGUGGUCUCAGGGAUGGAUACUACAUCCAUGGCCAGUGUGCAAUCAUAAUGUUUGAUGUUACUGCGCGAUUGACAUAUAAAAAUGUUCCAACAUGGCAUAAAGAUCUUUGCCGGGUGUGUGAAGCUAUCCCAAUUGUUCUUUGUGGAAACAAAGUGGACGUGAAGAACAGGCAGGUGAAGGCAAAGCAGGUCACUUUCCACAGGAAAAAGAACUUGCAAUACUAUGAAAUAUCAGCAAAGAGCAAUUACAACUUUGAGAAGCCAUUUUUGUAUCUGGCUAGAAAACUUUCUGGUGAUGCUAAUUUGCAUUUUGUGGAGUCCCCUGCCCUAGCACCUCCUGAGGUGCAGUUUGACAUUAUUGCGCAGCAGCAGCAUGAAGCUGAGCUGCUUGCUGCUGCUAGCCAACCCCUUCCGGAUGAAGAUGACGACUUUGUUGGGUAGAUGCUGGGUUUGGUUUGGAUCUCAUUGGAGGUGCCUUCCAUGGUGUUGAUUCUAGAGUUCUUUUUAUUGGCCUUUUAUUAGAGCAUAUAGAUGGAUUUAGGCCUACCUUGGUUGUCUACUUUUUUCAGUCUGUUACUAUCUUGCUUUUCAUGUUUUUCAUAGCUAUAGGCACCGUCAUAUUCCUUGUCAAGCAAUUUAAUUUUUUCAUGAUCUAUAUAGGGCAGUCUUCUUAGAAGAUACCGUACUAAUUACUCGUACCUAAAUGGGCGCCGUUGUUUUGGUGAGGAUGUCGAGAUGGUAUUAUCAUGGAUUGUUCACUGUAGAUAGCUGGAUGUGACCUGGGUGUGAUUUCAAGUUGGUCUUUCGAACUAUGCAUCUGGCAUUUUGCAUGCCAUUUAGGGU